AUGAGCAUUCAACUCCCACCCGCGACACACCGCAAGCGCGUUGUCCCUCAGGGCGAGCUCGAAGCCGCCGCGACACUCAGACUUGGCGCCGAUCAACACACACAUACCCUUUCAUUAUCUGAGGCGCGCCUCGUUAUCCACAAAGUCCUGGAGAAUAAGCGACGAGGAGGUAGCAAAUACGAAGAGCCAGAGAACUUGACCAAGACGCUUGAUUAUCUGGAUGUAUUUGCUCGAUUCAAGGAUGAGGAGAACAUCAAGGCGGUGGAGCGGCUAUUGAACUCACACACGGAAUUGGAGAUGUUUGAGCGAUCACAAUUGGGAAGUUUGUGCUGCGACAAUGCCGAGGAAGCCAAGUCCCUCAUUCCCAGUUUGCAGAACAAAAUUACCGACAGCGAGCUGCAGGAGCUGUUGGACGAGUUGACGAAACUUCGCAACUUUACUGAGUAG